AUGGAUUUUGUUGAGGGUUUGCCCAUUUCUAAGGGUUGUUUUGUCAUUAUGGUUGUGGUGGACAGAUUGUCAAAAUAUGCUCAUUUUAUGUCCUUAAAACAUCCAUUCACAGCUGCUCAAGCGGCUUUACUAUUCUUCAACAAUGUUUUUAAACUGCAUGGUUUACCUAAAACCAUUGUUUCUGAUCGUGGUUCAACAUUUACCAGUUCAUUUUGGAAGGAACUUUUCAGAUUGCAAGGGGUUAAUCUUUCUUACUCUUCAACCUAUCACCCUCAAAGUGAUGGCCAAACAGAAGCUGUCAACAAGUGCCUUGAACACUUUCUGAGGUCCCUUUCUGGUGAUAAACCAAGGUUAUGGACAGAUUGGCUUUCUUUAGCUGAGUGGUGGUAUAAUUCCACCUUUCAUACUUCCACAAAGAUGACUCCCUUCGAAGCUGUUUAUGGGACUCCUCCAAUUAGGCUUCAAGCCUAUAUUCCUGGUUUAACUGCAAAUCAGUCUGUGGACCAAUUGUUGCAAACUCGAGAGCAAAUUUUGGCAACACUUAAGUCCAAUUUAUCUCUUGCUCAAGAUCGAAUGAGCAACCCAGAUAAACUGACAUGGAGGUGUACUGAGGAUGGAAAGUUCUCUGUGAAGAGUACAUAUCAUCUUCAAGGUGAACUAGUGGACAGAAGAAGGGGUCAGUCAUCGAUCUCUAGUAGAUAUGCAGAUUUAUGGACUAAGAUUUGGAAAAUCAAAGUGUCAAAUGCUAUCAAAAAAUUUCUCUGGAGAGCCGGCCUUGAAUCCAUUCCAACAGAACAAAAUAUGUACAAAAGGAAGGUAGUGGAAUCUCCAUACUGUCCCAUUUGCUUGGCUGAACCUGAGACUGCUAUCCAUACAUUAUGGAGUUGUAGAGCUGCAAAGGAUGUAUGGGGAUCAUGCUCAAGGAGACUACAGAAGUGUGGUAUGGAGGGGUCUACUUUUCAGCAGCUCUUAACCCAGUUCUUCUCUUCAAAGCCAGCUGAGGUCCUAGAAGAAAUUGCAAUUACUGCCUAUCAUGUAUGGAAAAGAAGGAACUAUUUUGUUUUUGAAGGGAAGUUUAUUUCUCCCAUUACCAUAUGUGAUCAGUCCCUUAAUGCAUUGGAUGAUUACAAAAACUUUGUGAAGCAGCCUCCAAUCCGAAAAGCUAACAAUUCAGCAAUGAUUCAGACAUGGGAAGCCCCACCUCCAAAUACAUUCAAGGUCAACUUGGAUGCGGCCAUUGAUAAGAUUAAGUGCAAGGUGGGAGUAGGAGUGAUUAUUAGGGACUGUGAAGGUAAAGUUAUUGCUUCACUCAGAUCAUCAAGAGGGCUUUUUCUAGACGCUCAACUAGGAGAGGCAGUAGCAGUUCUUAAAGCUACCAGCUUAUGUGUUAAUUUGGAAUUACGACAAGUAGUCUUUGAAGGUGAUGCCCUCUCUAUUGUUAAAGCUGUAAAUAGCCCAGCAGAGAAAUGGUCUUCAGAUGGAAUGAUCACUCGAGAUGUUAAAUGCAUGUUACAGAAAUUUGACAAGUGGUCUGUUAGGAAUGUUACUAGGGGAAUAAAUUUUGUUGCUCAUGAGUUAGCCAGGAAUGCCACUCCUAUUAUCGGAGGAGUGUAUUGA